AUGAAGCUCUGUGGGGAUACUAUUACUGAGGAGAUGUUAUUGGAAAAGACCUUCAGCAUAUUCCACACCUCUAACAUGGUACUGCAGCAACAUUAUAGAGCACGAGGCUUCACUGAAUACAACCAACUGAUAUCUGUGCUUCUGGUAGCUGAACAGAACAGUGAGCUCUUGAUGAAAAACCAUAAUUCCCGACCUACUGGAUCAGCACCGUUCCUAGAAGUGAAUGCUGCUUCCCUUGAUAAGGACGUGGCCACAAGCAAGGCCGGUGGAAAGGGAAAGAUCUUCAAGAGCGUGUGCUUACUGGGCGCCGUGUUUCUUUACAGAGCACUGGCGAAGAGCAGCGACGAGAAAGAGAGAGGUUCCGUAGAGGAGGAGAAUAUGAGUGAGUGCGUGAAGAGCGUGAUGGUCUCCAACGGAGAAGGUAGAUCCAUUGACGGUGACGUCGACGUCAUCAUCGUCGGUGCGGGUGUCACUGGUUCUAAGUGGCGGAGGAUGAGCUUCUGCAGCAGCAGCCGCUGCUUGAAUCUUAGAAGCAGCGACUCUUCAAAUCCAGCCGAUCAGGAUACCGAGUUUUCGUCCUCCUCAUGCCUUUACACCAUGAAAGUCAUCGACAAUGAGGCUCUAGCGAUGAAGAAGAAGGUGCAGAGAGCCGAGAUGGAGAGAAAGAUCAUCAAAAUGCUUGACCACCUGUUCUUGCCCACUUUCUACGCCGAGUUCGAAGCCUCGCAUUUCUCCUGCAUCGUCAUGGAGUACUGCUCCAGUGGCAACCUCUACUCCCUCCGCCACAUUCAGCCUCACAAACGUUUCUCCCUCAACUCCGCAAGGUUCUACGCUGUGGAGGUCCUGGUGGCGUUGGAAUACCUCCACAUGUUGGGAAUCAUCUAUAGGGACUUAAAACCCGAGAACGUGCUGGUCAGAUCGGACGGUCACAUCAUGCUCUCCGACUUUGACCUCUCACUAUGCUCGGACGCAAUCCCUGCCAGCUCAACCACCAAGCAAAGAAAAAGAAAGGCACAUUAG